AGGCAAAUUGUUACCCAGAAGGCCUUGCCAUGCACUUUUAAUUUGCGUGACAGUGGAGCGAAGGUCACUUUUUUGUUAGGGCGCAUGUGCUGGCCAAUAUAGUCUACGUGCACAUACUUGGUCUGUCAUUCUCAAAGCUAUGAUUCUGAUCCUAACCUCGAGAGGAAAGAAUACCCGACCCAGCCUCCACUGUUACGUGUCUACAGAGCUGCAGCCGCAUGUAUGCAUUGGACUUUUUUAUCUGCUCUCUCACUCACGGCGAUACUAACGUCUUAAUCACCUUGCGGUCAAAUGUGACAUUCGGAACUUUCCAAUUCUCCCUUCUAGUUUCCAUACGUCACCUGAAGUUGGAUGGCUCAUUUCGUGUGUGGAACUAACGCCUUUCUGGUCAACCCUCACGGCCCUUGCCCCAAUGCCAUGAAGAAGUAGCGCCCGAGGUUCAAAGCGAAAUGGCGUCCGCAACAGAGAAGAUUCUGGAAGAAGGGCUGUGCUGUGGGAUCUGUCAUGAAACUUUCCGACGCCCAAAAUCACUACCCUGCGGUCACACUUUCUGCGAGGAGUGCCUUACAGAGUUGGCAACAAGCUUUAGAGACAUUUGCUGCCCUAUGUGCCGCCGCGAGGUGCCGUUACCGACAGACGGUGUAGCAGGCCUGCCGACUGACUACCGUCUCGCAGAGAUGAGUAAGAAAUUCUCUGAGGUAACAGUUGAGCAAGAUAUCAUACAGCGCUGUGAGUACCACCCUUCCGAGCACCUUAGAUACUUCUGUAAGACUUCAAAAUGCGACGUACCUAUCUGUGGACAGUGUAUUGGAGACUCGCAUAGCGGGCAUAGCAUUGUUUCAUUGAAGCAGGCAGUCGAGAAGCGGAUGGAGAAAGUCAAUCCAUUGCUGGAGGAGAAGAAGAGACAAAUAGAAGAGCAUGUCGAGUACCUGAAGGAAAUUCAACAACUUGAGAACACAAUCACCGACGUCAAGUUUCAGAGUGAGAAAAAUAUUCAGGACUCGUAUGCAGAAAGGGCGAAGCUACUUGCCGAAGACAAGGACAGGCUUCUUAGCGACGUUCAGAAAAGUUAUCAAGACGCCAUGAAGGACAUCAGCACCAAGACAACCGCAGUGCAGCAGCAGAUAAAAACCCUGGAAGACGUCGUCGAAGACGUCGAGCAGAUUAAAGAAAAACACCCGAUCAAGUUUCUACGUAAUGAGCCAGACGAACUUCGUGAAAAACUGGAAGAAAUUAAAGUAGUCCCCCUAUUGUCUCCUUUGGAAGUCAUGGCCACCAUUUUUCACCCGCACAAAAUUGAGAAAGAGCAACUUGUAAACGGAGAGUUGGUGUCAGAGGUCUUCACCAGUCGUAGGCAGACCUUCGCCACGCGUCUGUCUAACACUUGCAAAUGGGCGGGUCUACUCACUGCUCGGAUGGCAUCUUUUCAAUACUGGAUUGUAGAAUAGAGAUACUGUGAUCACCAACAGGCCUUGCCAUCCAUGUCAAACAUACGUGAUGGUCAAGCGAAGUUCACUUGUUUUGUUAGGGCGCAUGCGCUGGUCAAUAAAGUCUACGUGGAUAGGUAUAAUAGGGUGACAUAUUUUCCAUACUGGGCCAUGGGCGGUACUUAAGAAUAAAGGUGUUGUAAUCACAACCACGUUUUAAUGUUACUUUCUUUUUGGCUCAUUUGGCUCAAAGCCAUUCUCUGUCGUUCACGCAAAAUUAAGAAAGAGCAACAUAAAGAGUGGUUGGUGUCAGAAGUUUUCACCACGAACUCGGUGUCAGGCUAUCGUCACAGUUUUGACAUGUUUCACGUUAAACUGAGAGCGUUCACGAUGUUGGAAACGGCAUACAACGACUGAAAUUAGACGCAGUGACCUUCCGACCGAGAAGAACAUGUAGCUUCUCUGCCGUCUUAUUGGCCCAAGCUAUCGGGAAACAAGACUCCUCAAGUCCAAAGAUUUCAAAGUGACAUCACGUAGUAAGCGAACACAAACGUCCUCGGGGUACUUAAACUAUUUGAACCGGUACCGAUUAUUCUGCCUUUGCGAAGGACAUUGGCAAGUUAGCAAGUUUAUGUGAUGUCUCACAUGAAUUACUUCAGCUCAAUUGUUUAGUUUAUAAUAUCAGCGAUAUUUGUUUACAAUUCUAUCAAGCUGUGACGUAUCCACUGGUAGCCAAAUCUUCUCACCCUCAGUGUAUAUAACCAGUGAGUUUAAAGAAGAAAAUUGCAAGACGUUUUUCUGUCAAGGUUUCAACCAUGUUUUAAGUCCUACAUUGCAGCUGCAAAAGGCACAAAUAUAUGCUGUAGCUAAAAUAUACAUAUCGAAAAAUAUAUACUAAGGUCAACGUAAAUUCGUAGGUCAAAUAAGAUGACAAAAACAAAAUCCCCCUCUCUCUUAUUUAUUUAGAUUUAGUCAUAUAUAUAUAUAACUUCUGUGUGUGUGUGUGUGUGU